CUUUUUGUCUGUGUCUGAGAAUGAUUUUUUUGUACAAUAAGUCACUUUGUGUUUUAACGUGCUUGUGUGUUACGUCACUUUGAACUGACCGUGCGUUGCUUGAACGUGUCUGAGAAACAGUGCAACGAUUUCGACUCCCUCCUAAGCAAUGUUUCGUCGCUGCUGCUGCUGAAACAGAGCACCCAACCCCCCACAUCAAUACACACAAACAAAAGGUUGAUCUGCAAUGGCCUCGUUUUGAAGCCAAGCAGCACUCGGGAGUUGAAAUGAACGAGAGAGCAAAGCAAAAGCCGGAAUACUGCCAUUUCGUACUGCCAACAGUCUAUCAGUUCCAAGUCCAAUGUCUACUCUAUGCAUUUUUUUCUUUGUUAGCACUUUUGUAUUGCAAUCCAUGCAUGCUCACUCUUUUCCAAUCCCUCAUUCAAUCCCUUCCUUCAAUGCUCGCAGCAGCCGCGUGUGUUUGCAGCAGAAUCGCAUCAACGCAAGGGCUAUUACGCCGCGCAGUCGUCGCGGGGACGGCCAGCCGAUCCAUCUCGGUGCUCGCUUCCGUCGCAUGGUCCACUGGGGACAACAACAAGCCGCCGUCGUCGCUGGACUGGCUGAAUGCGACGAAUGCAGAUGCUGCUGCCAAGACUGCUGCUGCCAAGGCGGCUGCUGAUGCUGGUGCUCAGCGCAAGCCAAACCCAUUGAACAUUGGUUUCUCUGUGGACGAGCUGCAGGCCGCCGCCGCCGCCAAGUCAGACAAGGGCAACUCGAACUCGGACCUCCAGGCCUUCUUUGCAGAUUUCACGCCGGAAAAGAAGCCCGAGAGCGAGGCAACCGAGCGCAAGGCACACCCGAUGCAUCAGGGCGUUUCCGUGGACGAGCUGCAGGCCGCCGCGCAGCGCAUGGGCGAGCGCUCCAAGGUCGACUCGGACGCAAACUUUGCCUCGUUCCUUGCAGAUUUCAACGCGGGCAAGCAGCUCCAGGAAGAGGCAGACGCGGCUCGAAAACUCGCGCCCAGCGACUUCAACCCUGCAGCCGUCCAAGCAGACAUUGCAGCGUCGACAAAGGAUGUCACCACGCCAACGGAGCAGGAAGCCCGAGCCCUGUUGAGCAAAAUCCCAGCAGCGCUGCGUGCCGACUUUGAGUGGUCGGCAGGCCUGGCGCCGCCGCGACCAGAGAUGCUCCAGCUUGGCGCGCAAAUCAUUGACCCCGAGCAAGCAGACGUCCUGCGCAUUCGAUUCACCAAGAACAAUGUAAAGUUUGUCUACUCGACGGCAACAGGGCAGAUGCGCUACUUUAAGACCGCCGGCUCGGCCGGCUUCAAGAACGCCAAGCGCAAGUCGACCUUUGCCGGCCAGCAGGCCUGCUAUCAAGUUGUGCAGCACAUCAUGACCAUGGAGAAGCGGCGCCAUCCGAUUCGCGUGUUUUUGAGUGGCAUGUCCGUUGCGCGCAGCUCCGUCAUGCGAGUUGUCACAAACAGCCCACUCAAUAUCAUUUCGUACACGGAUAUUUCACCUAUUCCUCACAAUGGUUGCCGCCCACGCAAGGCACGUCGCAUUUAAAGGAUGCGCAGUUGUUUGAUUGGCGUUUUGUGUGUGUGAUGGUUUUUGUGAUUUGUGUCGAAUGUACAAUUCCUUUUCA